AAAGAGAAAGCAGAGUACUCUGCUCUGCUCCGAAGUCUUGCACGGAACCAAAUGCGCUACGCGCGUACGCCGACAGAGAAGAGGAAUAUGGAAGAGGAAGCCCAAGCCACCCUUCAAUUUUUGGAUAUGGAAGAUGACAAGAAAGAAGAGAAGAUGAAGAUGAUUUUUCGAACAUGAAAGAGGGAUAGGAAAAGAAGAUGAGUAGGAGAAAGAAGUAGAAGAAGCCCCUUUUACUUGGUGUGUGCUGAAUCCGCCGUUGUCUCCACACCCAAAUACCCAAACAGUAUGAUAAAAAAAAAACUAACAAGCCCCACCCACCAAGUUACCAAUCUACACUACAAACACGAAUUCAGAGACUAAUAAACACAAAUAAGGCUGAUAUCUGAGCCCAUAUAUCACCACACCACCAUAUCACAAAGAAGACACCUGCUCAUUAGGCCAAAACCAGUAAAGCUGAGAGGCAGAGCGUGCGGAGAGAAGAGAAGCAGCUGCCGUUCACAGAGAGGUCGAAAGAGCUAUAGAGCAAUGGGGUUCGGCGUCGUGUCCCUGCUCAACGCGGUGUUCCGCCGCAUGUUCACCUCCGCGGGCCUCCGCCCUGGCUCCGCCGCCGUCGACGCCGACACCACCAUCCACUUCUGGGCCUGCCCCUCCCUCCUCCCAUCCUCUUCCUCCUCAGAGGAGAAGGAGCGGCGGCCGGUGGUGGUGCUGAUCCAUGGCUUCGGCCCGGACCCGACGUGGCAGUGGGCGGCGCAGGUGGGCCCGCUCUCCCGCCACUUCGACCUGGUGGUCCCCACCCUCCUCUUCUUCGGCGCCUCCGCCACGCGCGCGCCGGCCCGCUCCGACGCCUUCCAGGCCGCCGCCCUGGCUGCGCUCCUUACCGGCGGCGGACACCUCCCCGGCAUAGGCCGCCGCCGCACGGUGCACGUGGUGGGCACCAGCUACGGCGGGCUCGUGGCGUACCACCUGGCCCGCGCGCUGCACCUGCACCGCGGCGACGGCGCAAUCGAGUUGGGGAAGGUGGUGCUGUGCGACUCGGACGCGACCAAGGGAGCGGAGGACGACCGCGCGCUGGCCGCCAAGGGCGGCGUGACGGAGGUGACCGAGCUGAUGGCGCCCGCGGACACCAAGGCGCUGCGGCGGCUGAUGGCGCUCUGCGUGCACCGCCCGCCCAAGUACAUCCCCGAGUGCCUCCUCCGCGACAUGCUCCGGAAAUACUUCGCGGACAAAAGGGAGGAUAAGAUAGCGCUCAUCAAAGGGAUCGCCACCGGGGAAGGCUUCCAGCUCACUCCUCUCCCUCAGGAGGUGUUGAUCAUCUGGGGAGAGUUCGACCAGAUCUUCCCAGUGGAGAAAGCGCAGAAACUGAAAGAGAAGCUCGGGGAGAAGGCGACGGUCAAGGUAAUCCCGAACACUGGGCACUUGCCGCAGCAGGAGGACCCCAAGCUCUUCAACCGCAUCCUCCUCGACUUCUUCCUGCAGCCCGCUUCCACCUACAAUGGCGCCACCGCUGCUGCGAAGUAGAGCACAGUGGAAUCGAGUUCUUGGAUAUCCUUCUGUGUUUCUGGCACGAGCUUGCACCUCUGUAUACGGUUGAUUCUGCUUUGCAGCUGGUUUUGAGACACUCAGAGAGAAGUCAUUAUUGCUGUAAUUGAAGGUUUAAGGAUGCAUGGAAUAUUUCAGCUUCAAGCACUCCGCGUCCUUAAUUUUUUUGGAAAUGGGGAUACCCCAGAUUCCAUUACUAUGAAGAAAACAGAACCCAUGUUCACGAGAUUACUGACAUACGAGAUAAAGUGAGAUUUUGAGUUCAGAAUGA